UUAUGUAGUCUGUGACAAUAACUACAUUUUUUACAAACAUAAACAAUGAUAGUUUAAAGUUUUAUGAAAAAGUAAAAGAAAAACCGAUUACUGACUGCAGCAAAUACAUUUUAAUAAAUAAAUAAAUGUUAGAGAAAUGAAUAAAUAUCAAACUAAAAGUAAUUAUGAAAGUCCAUGUGAUUCUGAUAACGAUUGGACUAAUUCAUCCAAUGGUUCUAAAUAUUCCGACUCUGAAAGUUCUGUACCAGAAUGGGAUUCUGAUGUAUGUGAAGAUGGUGAGCUAGUUUAUAUAAAAACUAAAUUAAACAACACUGCAGAGGAGACAAAUGCUCCAUUGUUAGAAAACUGUGAAGCAUUCAAAUUGAGAAACAAUUUUAGGAGAUCAUCCACAAGACGAUCCACAAAGGGUAGAAUAUUUAAGGUUCUAAAAGCACGUAAAAGUAAAAAUGUGGAUAAUUCUAGUAAAAAAAAACAAGUUACUCUACAAUCUGAUUCUGUAAAAAGAUUAGAAGAUGAUAAAACUGUAGUUAUUCAGGUCAGCAGAAACAUGAUAUUUAAUAGUGAAAAGAAUUGCCAAAUAGAGAAAUUAUUUGGGUUAAGUUUAGCUACACAUCCUGAUGGGAAAACAUUAAUAGUAGAAGAUCUUUUGGUAGAAGCAUAUGCUAUUUAUACUCCAAGAGUAAAAAAAGGAUAUUAUUUACAGAAAGUAAAUGGAAUUGAAGUAAACCUAUAUAAUAUCAAUAAUGUUCUACAAAGAAUUACUGAAGAUCCAUAUAACCCAAAAUUAACAUUUGUAGUACCUAAGGGAGAUAUAAAUGUAGAUAUGAUUCGGUUGUUGACCACUAAAAAUAUAGACAAUUCCACUAUACAGCUACUAAGAGAUUUUAUGUGUUCUGUUUUAUACAUUUGUUGUAAUGAUAUAGAAAGUCAUAAUAAUGAUGAUAAGGGUGUACUUUAUUGUUACCCGAGGCCUUACAAUCAAAAUUUUUUAUAUAACACUAGAGGUGCUUAUGUUACUCUUUGCCAUCUCGCUUCUAAGUCUUUAGGUACAAGUGAACCAACAACUUCUACAGUUCUACAUAAUGAUACCCUCAUAAAUGUUGUAUACACUACACACUAUAAUGAUUUGUUAUUGAUUGCAUUUCCCAACAAGCACUUAGAUUUAUUUGCAGCAAAAAGAGUGGUAACUUACAUAAUUGGAAUGUUAGAAUUUUUAUAUGGUUCAUUGAAGUUGUGUUUUACAAAGCCCAAUAAUGUUGAUAAGUUAGAUGGCAUAUUCUGUCGAAUAUUUGUGUCAUUUUUGUUUACUAAUAAUAAACAAGAUAUAGCUGAUAAUGUUGAUGCUAGUACAGGUAGAAUUGAAGAUUUAUUGGGGGCACAUGCAGUAACAUUGCCUUUAGAUGUAAGAGUGCAAAUUGACGACGCAAUUACAGAACUGGAAGCAGCGGAUUAUCGUGAAUGGACUGAUGAUGUAGAACAUUUUCAAAGGCUAUAUACUGUGAUUGGAUCAUGUCUGUAUUACUCGGAACACUUGUUAAGUUCUCACCUGCAAGAUGAAGACUUGAAAGAAAUAAAUGCAUUCCUAAAAUUAAAUGGUAUCUUGAAAUUAAGCGUUGACAAGGAACUGGAGAAGCUGGUCAUAUGGAAGGAAGUUUUUGUCAAUGAACAUAGAAAAGUUAAAAGUGACAACAAUGAAUUAAGAAUUCCAGAUGGACGCUGGUUUCUACUUGUUGUAGGUAAAGGACACUUUAUACUGGCUACAUUGAUGGAAGCAGGCGGAUGUACAGAAGAUGCCGUCGGCGUCACACCUCCAUCCCCAUUUUACGUGGAAGAAUGCGAAAGUUGCUUAGCACUAUUGUACGAGGUUGGGCUCGACAAGUAUUUAUCGUUAUGGUUAUCGACUAACACACAACCACAGUUAGAAACAUCACCAGAAUACCUCACGAAGCAUGGAAGGAAAAUUCGGGACAUAAAUUCUGUAAAGUCCGAGGUUGUAUUAAAAUCUUCAGUAAAACUUCCGAAGUCGAUUCAGAGUGAUGUUAAAAAGCGACACAAUUCAACCGACCAAAUUAAUGUGGCUUCAAACAGUUCUGACACGAAUGUGAGCAAUUAUGGCAGCCAUAACAAUUUAUAUGCACAAUGGUACAACGUCAACCAGAAACAAUAUAGACAUUCCAGUAAUUUAGAUAUCAGUUAUUCCGAGGAUUCUAACAGUUUGAAGAGCAAUAGCGAAAUAAGCGAUGACCGCGUUCAGGGCAGGAGAGCGGACAGAGAACAAAAAAAUCGUCGUGAGUCUUCUGGUUCUGAUUCAGAUUGGGAUAAACAGGAAGUAAAUAGAGUGAGCAGCAGUAUCGAUAUGUCGGAUAUAAGAAAGUCACUACUGAAUGAAAUUGAUCGAGUCACCACACAUAGGAUAACAACGGGCGAUGACAACGUAUUAUUUCAUUUCAUACAAUUCGAAUCGGCUAAAGGUAUACUAAUUGCGCCUGUAAAGAAUAUUGAAGUUCAGGCUAACAAUCUGUUGUAUACAUACAUCAUUAAAACUUUCAGAACUGCCUGCAAAAGGAUACAUGACUUAUUACAAAAUAAUAUCAGGUUUAAAGCAAACCAGACACCGACAAAUCCUCUUAAUAAAAUACUCAUAGCUGUGAAAGAAUAUGGAAUGUUGUUUCAAGUUCCGCAGCAAUUACUGAAUCGGUGUGUUAUUAACAAGAAAAAUUCUGAAAUUUUCCAGUUUUGGGUUGUUGGACGCGUAUUCAGCGAACCAGAACCGAAGGAGCUAUACUUAUGUUAUCACGAAUCUAUACCACAGGAUCUUACUGAAGUUGCCUAUUUGCUCUCGUAUCUAGAGUGAAUAUAGAGUUUUAUGAUUGUUAUCUCAGAGAAACAUUGCCAAUUUUCGACGUCAUGGUUAACGUGUGGAUCUCAAAUUUCAGUCGUAUACUUGGAUUCAAGAAGGCAGGGGGAGCCUUCCGCCGUUGCUCAUAUUGCGUUUUUGCUUUAUCAUAGGAGUUUCCUUCACCGGGAAUUAUUCGGAAAUAUAAAUUGACUCACAAAGUUUUUUUUCUGUCGGCGAAUUUUAAUUCACGGCGUUUUGGGUGAGAGUUGAGAUCAAUAACAAUUAGGCCCUGAAACGUUCAAUUUUUAUGUCUUCUUAAAUAUUUUUUAUAUACAAGUAAAUCACUUACUGAUACUGACACUGAAAAAUGUAAUAAAUGAAGACUUACUUUUUAGUACUAUUUUAAAAAUGUACAUACCUAUUUUAAUAUUUAAUAAGCUUUAAUAAUUUCCGUCCAAACAUUCUUAUUUAUAAGGACUGUUACGAUAUUAUAUAUUUAUAUUGAUAUUUACAUACAUUAUGAAA